AUUUUGUGUUUCGCUGAUUCCCCUCCUCGACCUUGUAACAUUUCUGCCUCGUAGCUGCUUCCUUCAGUCAAAUCGUCUGAAUUCUGGCAUACUCGACGCUUCUAUCUAGAGCUCAUUCAAUGGUUGAUUUUGGAUGACAUGCACUGGGCGACGCGCCGUUGAUUUUGAGUUCUGAGCAGAUUAGAAGGCCAGACACGCCGUUUAUAUUGUUCUACGCGCUAUCGACAGUGGCAGGAAGGCCUGAAGGAGGAUCGAAAGAGACAACAUGAAAAACCCACAUUACAGACUGACAUCGAAGUGAGCAACAACAAGUCGUGUUGCGGCGAGUACAUUUUGUACGCCAGCGCACGUCGACCCGGAAAUCAUUAGUGAACGCCUCAUGUGGCCACCAACAUGUUGUUAAAUGGGAGAAAUAGGCGAAUACCAAAAACACCUCAUGAUCAUGGCGCCCACCCGAGACACGUCCAAGCACUAAGCAAGCAAUCAGGUCAGAUAAUAACGGCUCAUGUACAACUCAUGUACAACUCAUGUACGCCCAACAAAUCGAUUUCCCAUCAUAACCCACAGAUUACUCCGGAUGACUGCCAGUAAGUACAUGGAUCCUUCGUGCUUGGGUUUUCGAUUUCUUUCCCCGACCCCACUCACAUCUAUAUCGGAUUCAACAUGAUUAUCGACGCUCUGACCCUUCUCGCCAUCCUACUGACGGCGUAUCUUUUGCAUGUCUACGUGGUGUACUCUCGCACCCGUGAAUCCGUCAACGAUAUAUUGACUUUUGUCACAUUCCUCGGCAACGAGACAGCUUUGUCAAAGCUUUUCAACACCAGUACCCGUUUCGCGCUUGGGCACUUCAAUUUUUGGUUGAGGAAGCAUGAUCUGUACAAACCUCACGGCUGGGAUAUCAGCGCUGCGAUAUCAUUUUGGCCUCACGUUCAAGUCACAUACACAGUGGCUGAUCCUAAAGCCCUCAAGGAAAUUGGCGCCAAACGGACAACGUUCCCGAAACCUCUGGGGCAGUAUAAAGCUCUCGAGGUAUUUGGGGAGAACAUUAUCGUUUCCGAAGGGGACUCGUGGAAGAAGUACCGUAAGGUUGCAUCGCCAGCCUUCUCUGAGAGAAAUAACCAGCUUGUGUGGGAUGAGAGUGUUCAUAUGUUGAUGGAAUUCUUCGAUGAAAUCUGGAAGUCAGCGGAAGAAAUCUCCAUUGACAACUUUGUAGAUACGGCUUUGCAGUUCGGGCUCCGGGUGAUAUCUGCCGCCAGCUUUGGAAAACGAAUGUCUUGGUGUGACAAUCAUUCGGUCCCCGAGGGACAUGAGCUAUCAUUCGAAGAGACAUUUCAGGUCGUCUCUCGAAACGUCUUCCUGAAGGUAGUGCUACCGGACUGGCUUCCGAACCUUACGAAACGCAUCCGGAAGGUUAGGUUGGCAUUCGAUGAGCUUAAGCUCUACAUGCAAGAAGUCAUGCAACGAAAGUCAUUGGCAUACGCUGAGAUUGAGAAUGCUAGUUUAUUCAACAAUCUUAUCGAGGCCAAUAACGUGGAUGGAAGUGGAAUUCUCAAGCUAGAUGACUCCGAGCUCAUAAGUAACAUUUUUAUCUUCCUACUGGCCGGACACGAAACGACUUCUCACACCCUCUGCUUUUCCUUUGGCCUUUUGGCAUUACAUCAAGAUGAACAAGAGAAAUUAUAUCAGCAUAUCAUGUCUAUAUGUCCCGAUAGACUUCCGACUUAUGCCGACAUGCCUGCGCUCACGAGAUCAUUGGCCGUCAUCUAUGAGACCCUCCGUUUAUUCCCCUCGGUAGUCGGAGUUCCCAAGCAGAGCAGCGAGGACACCACCAUUGUAGUAUCCAACGAGGAAGGCGAAACCAGAUCCAUACCUGUUACGAAGGAAACGUACAUCGUCCUUCACACCACAGGCGCUCACUACAACCCCCGCUAUUGGAAAGACCCGUACGAGUUCCUGCCGGAGAGAUUCCUCGGAGAUUGGUCUAGGGAUGCAUUUAUCCCUUUUAGUGUCGGCGCUCGAUCUUGCAUUGGGAGAAGGCAUCUUCUUACCGCUGUAAACCUUUCUGAGAACUGAUGUCUUUCCUUUUCCCUUUCCAAGAUUUAGCGAAAUCGAAUCUGUAGCAAUCCUUACGAUUCUCAUAAAGCAUUACAGAGUCUCUGUAACAGAGGAGCUUGAAUUCAAGCAUGAAACAUUCGAGCAACGGAAAAACCGUGUAUUGAAGGCAGAGUUUGGAAUCACUCUUACCCCAGUCCGCGUUCCACUGACUUUUACGAAGAGAAAGUAAACCAUCCAGCCAUUGUUGUACAUUAAUCCCGCCGUCCCAUUCUAUUCUCGACGAAAGUACAAUUGUAGCAUA